AUGGCAUUGCAGGGGGUCGAGCAGACAAUCCUUCGGGAUCCAGCUUUAUUUUAUUGGAUUUUAUUCCCUAUUACCAUUGUCAUGAUUCUGACUGGUAUCCUACGUCACUAUGCCACGGUUUUGAUGAACACUCCCCCGAAGCCUGCGUCUACUCUGGCCGAAUCUUGCGAGCGUCUGUCACUCCUGCGCGGUGUUAACCUCCGUAACAAUGCCUCAGCAGUCCUCUCAAAAGAUGCAUUCGAAAUGCGGAAGAACUACCUCGUCUCAUCUUACCAAAGCGGCGCUUUUCUGAAGGACCCGAAUAGUCGCGGCCAGCCCCCAGCAAAUCCGAUGACUGACCCUGCGGGCAUGGAGGCUAUGAUGGGUAUGAUGAAAGGAAAUAUGAUGAUGAUGAUCCCACAGACUCUCAUUAUGAGCUGGAUUAAUGCCUUCUUUUCUGGAUUCGUUAUUCUGAAAUUGCCGUUCCCCCUCACCGUCCGGUUCAAGUCUAUGCUCCAGUCUGGUGUCAUGACUCGUGACUUGGAUGUCAGGUGGGUGUCCAGUUUGUCAUGGUACUUCCUCAAUCUGUUUGGUCUUCAGUCAGUCUUUGGAUUCAUUCUGGGUAGCGACAAUGCUGCCAAUCACAUGUCCCAACAAAUGGCCACUAUGAACCCUACUGUAGGGGUUAACCCCUUCCAGCCUGGCCAAGACCCCGAUAAGCUGUAUCAAAGUGAAGCAGAGAACUUGGAGGUUGCGGAGCACUUUUGCAUUUUGGAUGGUAUUGAGGACAGAAUACUGCACAAUAUUGCUUCUAAGGAGGGCCUCAUCUAA